AGCAGUCUGAACAGCUGUCGUGCGCUCCGUCGCUUUUCAUCUCAGCCAUUUCACUUAACUGAUUUAUUCUGUAAGAUGCCGAGCUUCCAUGUUUUUCUUCGUCCUAGGAUCGGGAAUUAACCGAACACUGAGUUUGGGGAGUUCUUUUCGCUACACUAUGUCUGUGAGUUGCGCCCUUCCUGCUGUCUGACCACAGCUGGAGCACGAGCGCUGUUCGCGGUGCUGAAAGCGUCAAGAGGCGCGAGGAGAGCAGAGGUUUCCGAGCCUCUGGAGAGAUGAGGAGGCACAAGCUCUCUGUGGCGGGCUUUUUAGUCGCCUGGAAACUAGUCCUGUUUGUCAGUGUGGGUCAGUGUAAGGAGGUGGACAGUGCUGCGAGGACACAACAGGUCCCAAUGUCUCCCUCUGAUUUUCUGGACAAGCUGAUGGGGAGGACAUCUGGAUAUGAUGCCAGGAUAAGGCCAAACUUUAAAGGUCCUCCAGUCAAUGUUUCCUGUAACAUUUUCAUCAACAGCUUUGGCUCCAUUGCUGAAACCACCAUGGACUACCGUGUGAAUAUCUUCCUCCGUCAGCAGUGGAAUGACCCCAGGCUUGCCUAUGCUGAGUACCCAGAUGACUCUCUGGACUUGGACCCAUCUAUGUUAGACUCCAUAUGGAAACCAGAUCUGUUCUUUGCCAAUGAAAAGGGGGCCCACUUUCACGAAGUCACUACAGACAACAAACUGCUAAGGAUAUUUAAGAAUGGGAAUGUUUUGUACUCUAUACGACUAACAUUAACUCUCUCAUGUCCCAUGGAUCUAAAAAACUUCCCUAUGGACGUUCAGACCUGUAUCAUGCAGCUGGAGAGCUUUGGUUACACCAUGAACGACCUGAUCUUUGAGUGGCAGGAGAACGGGCCAGUCCAAGUGGCCGAAGGCCUCACUCUCCCCCAGUUCAUCCUCAAAGAUGAAUCAGACCUCAGAUACUGCACCAAGCACUACAACACAGGUAAAUUUACUUGUAUUGAGGUGCGAUUCCACCUGGAGCGUCAGAUGGGCUACUACUUGAUCCAGAUGUAUAUCCCCUCUCUGCUCAUUGUCAUUCUGUCCUGGGUCUCCUUCUGGAUCAACAUGGAUGCUGCACCGGCCAGAGUGGCACUGGGCAUCACCACUGUCCUAACGAUGACAACACAGAGCUCAGGCUCCAGGACUUCACUGCCUAAGGUCUCUUAUGUCAAAGCCAUAGACAUCUGGAUGGCAGUGUGUCUUCUCUUCGUCUUCUCUGCACUGUUGGAGUAUGCUGCUGUCAACUUUGUGUCAAGGCAACAUAAAGAGCUACUGCGAUUCAGACGGCAUCACAAGGACAAGACCAAGAACAGUGGAGCUGCAGUUGAUCCAGAGGAGCUAGCUGAUUCCCUUCGUCGUGUUAACAUUGACAACGGCCUCAAACCAACAGAAACUCUAUAUGGAUCUAUGACCAACAUCUACGGCAGCGACCACAGGGAAGGGAAAGUACAUGAGAGCAGACUGACUUCCUCAGCUGCUGUGACCUCCACUCCCAGCAACAGCAAGGACUCAAAGGCCAGCGCCAACAAUACUGUUGCUGUACUGAACACCUCAGGAGCCGCAGCAAACACUACCCCGAAUCCACCUGGAGCGGCAGCAGGUGGAGGGGGUAAAAGCGUUGAAGAGAUGAGGAAGUUAUUUAUUGACAGAGCCAAAAAGAUUGACACUGUGUCGAGGGCCGGCUUCCCUCUGGCCUUUCUCUUCUUCAAUAUAUUCUACUGGGUUCUUUAUAAGAUACUUCGACAUGAAGAUGUACUUAAGCAAUAGAGGAAGUAAGAGCAAAGGUUAUUCAUAUACAGUAUGUGCUGAUUGGCUUCUAUCUGACUACUUCAGCUUUUGAAUAGCAGUACCCUUGUACCCUACUACCUGUAUUUCACCUUUCCGUUAACCCUGACCGUACCCAGACCUUGAGAACCAUUCAGGGUGACCUCACUUUGCAAAAUGUUCUGUUUCUGAAGGCAUAUCAGUUCAUAUAGUUCAUAUCUCAUAUCAGUUCUUACAAAGUACAGACACACCAAAGGUAGCAAGUAUGAUCUCUGUAUACAGGAGAAUGAUGGGAUAAUUUUUCCUAAAUUAUACAGCAGGGUUCUCUCUAAAAUCUUACAGUGUCUGAAAACAGAGUUUAUUAUUUACAUGUAUGGACAGUCUCUUAUUUCAAAGAGGCUGGAAUAGUAUACAUAAACAUAUCCAGCACACGGAUAUUUCCUAAAAGUCCUAAAGCCAUUAUAAAUGUACAAGUUUAAAAUAAUUUUCCACUAGUGACUGAUCCAUCUGACUGCAAAUCUAUUGCAUCUUCAUUCUGCUGAGGAAUGGAACAAAAUCUGACAAUCGGGAAGUAAAAAAUUAGACGGUGCCCUGGAAUUCACAUAUUGUGGCAAGGAAACUAAUUAAAGAUCAAUGUGACAGUUUCAUACCAAAAGAGUGCUUUAAACCAGCAUUAUUACACACAAAAUACCCGGUUAAAUCUCCCAGACACGAGAAUCAUAGAAGCUGUGUGGAAGUGCUUCAUUUCAAGUACCAUCAUUUGUAGUGUAAUUGGUGGAGAUUGCCACUAUAAUCAUGAGUCUACGACGAAGGAGACUUCCAAACACACACACAUUUCAGUGAACAUGGCACUGAUGGUAGAGAAAAGGACAUGAGUUCAUGAAAAUGAAAAGGGUUUAUCCCAAAAUCCAUGUUAGUUUAUCAAUAUUUGUUAUGAAAGUUAUUUUUUUAAAUUGCGUCCUCAUUCUAUGUUCUCAUUGCAUGAAAUUAUUAUUGGGAGACAUGCACCCUAACCUCCUGUAACAUCACUACACUGAUUCCUGAUGCUGUGUCUCCUGUGGUACUUUCCAGUUUAUCCUUAAAGUCAUUCACACACAGGCUUCUUCUGACUCUAGCAUUUAGACAUUUAGGAGGAAACAGUUCUUAUCCAAAAGAUGAAAGACAAUUCAACUCAGAACUGUAGUCUGUUUGGACCUACUCAGAAAAUUUGGAGCAAACCCAGUGCUGGAUAAAACAUUUAAACUGACUUAAUCACUGUUUAUUUUCUUGUUUUGAAAAUUAUGUUAACACGUUGAGUGCCAGUGUAGAAAGUAGUCUAGUGGGAUGCCGAUGCAGUAAAAACUAGAGAGGGGAAACUGAGAGGGGCAUGUGGUGCGUCAUGGAUGGACAGUGUCUUGUGACCUAUAAAAGUAAACGGCAGUCUGCAAACUGAAAUAAACUGGUAUACUAUAUUUUAUAGUGAAGCAGUCAGAUUAAGUCUGUUUCCAAAUGAUUGUUGGUUUAUAAAAUGUUGACUGCAGAGUACACACUAUUUCAUUGGAAUUUCAUUGUGUUUUCUGGGAAACAGCCUGGCUCUAACAUUUAUUCCUGUCAGCUGUUAACAUAAGCAGAAAUUUCCACAUUCAAACUGUGAAAGGAUCUGCAAAGUUGCUGUGCUGAAGUAUUUCAUGAUGUGCUUUCUUUCUACUAAGACAGGCAUGAGUUUUUUGAAAUCUAUGCCAUACAAAAUGAUUUUGCAUUACAUUUACAUGCCAAACUUCUCAAAGCAUGCUGUAUGAAGUACAUGAACUUUUGAGUUGUGAAACUUGCAUGGGACAUGCCAUCUGUUGUCACUGCUUCAGGCCUCCAAAAGUUGAUUUACUUAAAGUUAAUUAAAUCAGUGGAAAAUUAUCAUUGCCUAAAGGAAGGAAAAUCACAUUCUAAUUCUAAAAUAAUAUGGUAAUGUAAAGUAUGCAGAACUUGUGCAAAAACAACAGUGAUGUAUGAUCAUUUAAAAUCCCUGCUGUGUGACAAGAAAAGCACUCAUGAAUUGUUUCCCUGUGUACAGUUGGCUCUGAUCCAGGAUCUGCAUGAGGUGCGGAAGAGCCUAAUGUUUGUUUGUGCUCUGCUGCACAAGAGCCUUACACAUUCUCCAGUUGAACAGGAGUUUAUGAAAAUGUUUUGCCCAAUAACUGAUCAGUGUUUCCAGUUAGUCAUAUAGAGCAAAUCUUGGACUGUCAACUGUGAUGUUUUCUACAUGGCAAAGUUUAGAUGGUGCAUGACCUUGCCUCAUAGAGCCAGACUUUAAAGGCCCAUACUAGUGUUUGCAUUCACAUGCGCUCAUUACUGAUGUUUCUGAAACUCAACUUGAUUUGAACUUGAGACUGAGAUAUCACAGUGAGGAUCAUUGCUUUAACUUUUGUCAAAGUUAUCUUAAUUUACCACACAGCAGCAAUGUAACUGUCUCAAACAGGUUUUAUGAUGAUUUUCAUAGUGUAAAAUUAAUACAAAUCAGUGGCUGUCUGGAAGAAAAACACACUCACAAUCUAUGCAAAAUGCCUGCCAGUUAUUUAAGGUUUACGUAGUUUGCUGUUAAUUUAUAAAAAAAUGAAAAUCCAUAAUAUAGUUCUAGUAAAACAAUAUUUUAAAAUGAUUUACUGCACCCUGUGAUCCUUAAAGCACAUGGAAGUGGUCCCAUGGUUCACUCGGUUCACUCACACAGGUGUUUUCACUUACUCAGGACUGUGUUCAAGUACAAACUGUUUGAUUGACAGCUCCCCUGCAGGCUAUGUUACACCUGUGAGAAACCUUAAGCUGGACAUACACUGUACGUUUGUUCUCACUGCGCCUGCGCGGUGUGCUGAACAGCAUCGGAAAGUGCCACCGUGACACAAUGCUAGCUGUCAAGUUAACAACCUGUACAGUAAAGUGUAGCUAGCUUAGCCCCAGUUCUCUCUGGACAAGCCACACUGUCCACUUCCUAGCCACCUAGUCCAUAUACACCAGUGCCUCUUUUUGUUUUAGACGUUUUGACACACAGGAUGGCACUGAUGAUCAAGGCAGCACGUUUUUGCCUUGUUAGCAUUAUUGCUAACAAACGCACUUCUAUCUGCCUCUGAGCUUUCAAACAAAUCUUUAUUGAAAGGCCUUUUUAUUUGUGCACAGUGUGAGCACUCAGGUUGUGGCUUGACCGUCGGACUGUACAAUGUGAAAGUAAAUCGUGAGCCUUGGCUUUAUGUCAAAAAAACAUUCAGUGUACACCCAACUUUACACCACUAUCAUUCUGAUUAAUACAUGAGCAGUGGUGACCUCAUGUAAUUCCCAGCACAGCCCCUUAUUAUCUAGUAAAGAGGUCUAAUAAACCAGAACAACUGAAAACACCUGUAGGGGUGUGUUUGAGUUUUCUACUUGUAGUUAAUGACUGAAAUUUAUAUGUU